AUGCCGGCCAAUCCUCGAGCAGAUGACCAUGUCGUUCGCGGUGAUCUACUGCAGAUUGAGUUUCCGCAUAGUCAGGGAGAGUUGCAACUCCGUCAAGCUCCACCGAGCGAGCCGAAAAAUGCUACGGGUUUCACAGUCUCCGGAGUCAAAGGCAAAGGAUUGCGCUGGGAGAUGGAGGAUAAAGUCUACUUUACGAAUCCUCAACGCCGGGCGGGAAUGUACGACGGAUACAGGAACAUUUCAGCGAGGACGAUGUUCGAGCCUUUCACUCUGUCCAAGAUAUGUCACAUUGCCGCCUCGUUCGCGUCCGAAAAGAAGAUGGCCAGGUGA